AUGUACAGGCCUGACAUAUCUUAUAGAGUUGGUUUAAUUAGCAAAUUUCUUGAAUUUCCUCGCCAAUCUCAUAUGAAAGUUGCCAAGAGAAUUAUGCGAUACAUAAAGGGCACUUUUGAUCAUGGUUUGUCCUACUCUUCAUCUAACAAUUGUGUUCUUGUCAGCUAUUCAGAUAGUGAUUGUGGUGGAGACGUAGAUGAUUGUAGAACACAUCUGGUUAUUGUUUCAAAAUGGAAUACUGCUUGUUCAUGGCCCUCUAAGAAACAAUCAAUUGUUGCUCUUUCAACUUGUGAAGCUGAGUAUGUUGUUAUAGCUUCAAGUGCAUGUCAGUAUUGUUGGUUACGCAAUUUGUUGAGUCAAAUUCAUUGUUCAUUGAAGGACCUAUGA